CAGCGAUGGGCUCUAAUAGCUAUUACAUGGUUUCUGCAAUGUCAAGAAACUGGACUCAAGUGGUCCCGACUCCCUUGUAGUCCUGUGUUAGCUGGUAAAAUUUAACUGCACCUGCUAACUCCCAUGAAAGCUGCCUGGCGUUUGUCAGGGUUUUGCUUGACUUAGACAAUUUGAGUUAAAAACAAGCCCUUUUUCUAAGUGAAAACACAUGUUACUUUGUGUCCUGUUUGCUUUCUAGUGUCUUGCAAGAAGCUCUCUGCCUCUCACAUUCUUUCCCACCCCCAAGCCUUGCAAAAUAAUACCUUCACUCCAGGGUCUGCAAUAAAGUAAAACCAUUAACCACAUCAUUUUAGCUGUAUCUGGGCCACCUGGCCUAGUGACUCCAGAAGUAAACCUCCAUUGUUUUCAAUUUUCUCACAACAUAAAGGGCUUCAAUUGCUCCUUCAAUCCUGGUAGCAAGGCUAAAAGCUCAUCCUGCUGCUUUUAUCAGGUCUGUGACUGUCAGCACCUUUUUGCGUAAGGGUAUUCUGCUCAUCAGUUUUCUCCGUUUCAAUUUAGGUUAGAUCACAGUUUACACCCACAGGCCCAUUUGGUCACCAGAGUUUGGAUGUAAAGAGGUAAAAAAUGGAUUGUCGCUUUUGACUGUAGAGACUGGAGUUUUCUAGUCACUUGGAAUAUACUGACCCAUUGCAGGACAGCAAAUAAGUAGGCAAAGCUUUACUGAUCUGCAGACCACUCGGCUAGAUUCUGCUUUGAUGGAGGAUGACGGCGAACCCGAGCAGAGCUGCUGGGCUUUCCUACCUGACAUCUGCAUGAGCCACGUGUUCCGGUGGCUAGACGACAGGGACAGAUCCCGGGCUGCCUUAGUCUGUAAGAGAUGGAGUCAGGCCAUGUACUCGGGGUCUCUCUGGAGAACCAGAACCAUCACCUUCCGUGGGAUGCCUUCUAGGUUGCACACAGCAGAGCUUGAAUCUUCUCUGUGGUACGUCAAGAAAUUUGGCAAGUACUUGGAACACCUCGAGAUCAGGUUCCUGAAUCCUUACCAUGCUGUCUUCACCCGAAAAUUUCAAGUGACUAUCAGAGGGCUUCUUUCACGCUUGGGCAAAUGUAACAGCCGCCUGAUGUCCCUAAGUAUUCAGCACCUGGAGUUGGACAGAGUGGUCUGGAAAAAUGGCAUCCGGAUUCAGUUCAUCAAGAACUUAAGUACUUUCUUAAAAAGAAUGGGCAAGCACCUUGAUUAUCUCAGCUUGAAAGGAGCCCGGGUGACGCUGGAAGAAGGCUGUGAGCUUUUGAGCUCUUUGAGCUACUUGAAAAAUAAAAGCCUCAUCUCUGAAAUCAACAUAGAAGAUUUAUUUGGUCACCACCUCCCUAUCUACAACUGCUCCCUGUUUCACCAGACAAUGUCUAAGUUCUGUAACCUGGUCAUCCUGACCCUCAAUUACAACUGCAUUUCUGACGACCUGCUGGACAUGCUGUGUGAACAUAAUGCCAAUUCUCUCUGGACCCUAAAUGUCAAGUGCCACAUCCAUGACCCUCAUGGGCAAGUGGUAUGGGGGAUGUCCUGGGCAAACCUAGCCAAGAGAGCCCCAAAACUCAGAGUGAACUUGUUCUUUGAAAGCAUCAUGAAGCAUGACAGUUUAGCCAGGAUCCUGUUAGCAGAGAUCCCUGCCAGGAGCAUCAGUCUACGCAGCGGGUACUUCAGUGACUCAGACUGGACAAUGAGACCCACCCUCACCAAUAUCUUGCCAGCUUACAAGCACAUCCUACAGAAACUGACCCUCGAGUUCAACCAUGACCACGAACCACUGGAUGAGGAGCUGCUGCAGCUCGUGCUAGCAUGCGAAAGGCUCUUCUUCCUGAAAGUCUGGGCCUUCCUCAGCGUCACAUUUAUGGAGCAGCUGCUCCAAAAACGGGCCGAAAGGAAAUGCACCCUGUGCACCAUAAAGGUCAGGAUUUACACUGCCCGGCAUGAGACCCACGAAGAGGACCGAAUGCUGCGAGACAUUUAUAGGAAGUUCAGAGACCUAAUUGACUCAGAGCUGAAUUAUUUUGUCAUCGCCUACCCCAUGGUGUGAGCCACUGGUGAUUUCCGAGGAGACGUAAAUAAAGAUCACUGACACCCGCAAAUGUCUGAGCCCAUCCUUUGGAGGAAGCAGUGGGGAGCUUAGUGGGCUUAGCAGUGGCUCUGAAAGGGAAAGGCUGCUAGAACUGGAAUAGGUAGGGAGCAAAGCCUGAAUCCCCUAGAUUAAAAAAAAAAACCU